CUCCCGGAGCCGCGGAACUCGGCGGCCGCCAUGGCGUCCAACAUGGACCGGGAGAUGAUCCUGGCGGAUUUUCAGGCAUGUACUGGCAUUGAAAACAUUGAUGAAGCUAUUACAUUGCUUGAACAAAAUAAUUGGGACUUAGUGGCAGCUAUCAAUGGUGUAAUACCCCAGGAAAAUGGCAUUCUACAAAGUGACUAUGGAGGUGAGACCAUACCAGGACCUGCAUUUGAUCCAACAAGUCACCCAGCUUCAGCUCCCACUCCCUCUUCGUCUUCAGCAUUUCGACCUGUAAUGCCAUCUAGGCAAAUUGUAGAAAGGCAACCUCGGAUGCUGGACUUCAGGGUUGAGUACAGAGACAGAAAUGUUGAUGUGGUACUUGAAGACAGCUGUACUGUUGGAGAGAUUAAACAGAUUCUAGAAAAUGAACUUCAGAUACCUGUGUCUAAAAUGCUGUUAAAAGGCUGGAAGACCGGAGAUGUGGAAGACAGUACGGUCUUAAAAUCGCUACAUUUGCCAAAAAACAACAGUCUUUAUGUCCUUACACCAGACUUGCCACCACCUUCAUCAUCUAGUCAUGCUGGUGCCCUGCAGGAGUCAUUAAAUCAAAACUUCAUGCUGAUCAUCACCCACCGAGAAGUCCAGCGGGAGUACAACCUGAACUUCUCAGGAAGCAGUACUAUUCAAGAGGUAAAGAGAAAUGUGUAUGACCUUACGAGUAUCCCCGUUCGCCAUCAGUUAUGGGAGGGCUGGCCAGCUUCUGCCACAGAUGACUCAAUGUGUCUUGCUGAAUCAGGGCUAUCUUAUCCCUGCCAUCGACUUACAGUGGGGAGGAGAUCUUCACCUGCGCAGACCCGGGAGCAGUCCGAAGAGCAAAGCACCGAUGUUCAUAUGGUUAGUGAUAGUGAUGGAGAUGACUUUGAAGAUGCUUCCGAAUUUGGGGUGGAUGAUGGAGAAGUAUUUGGCAUGGCAUCAUCUGCCCUGAGAAAAUCUCCAAUGAUGCCAGAAAACGCAGAAAAUGAAGGAGAUGCCUUAUUACAAUUUACAGCAGAGUUUUCUUCAAGAUAUGGUGACUGCCAUCCUGUAUUUUUUAUUGGCUCAUUAGAAGCUGCUUUUCAAGAGGCCUUCUAUGUGAAAGCCCGAGAUAGAAAGCUUCUUGCUAUCUACCUCCACCAUGAUGAAAGUGUAUUAACCAACGUGUUCUGCUCACAAAUGCUUUGUGCUGAAUCUAUUGUCUCUUAUCUGAGUCAAAACUUUAUAACCUGGGCUUGGGAUCUGACAAAGGACGCCAACAGAGCAAGAUUUCUGACAAUGUGCAAUAGACAUUUUGGCAGUGUUGUGGCACAAACCAUUCGGACUCAAAAAACAGAUCAGUUUCCACUUUUUCUGAUUAUUAUGGGAAAGCGUUCAUCUAAUGAAGUGUUAAAUGUGAUACAAGGUAACACAACAGUGGAUGAGCUAAUGAUGAGACUCAUGGCUGCAAUGGAGAUCUUCACAGCCCAACAACAGGAAGAUAUAAAGGAUGAGGAUGAACGUGAAGCCAGAGAAAAUGUGAAAAGAGAGCAAGAUGAAGCCUAUCGCCUUUCACUUGAGGCUGACAGAGCCAAGAGGGAAGCUCAUGAGAGAGAGAUGGCAGAACAGUUUCGUUUGGAGCAGAUUCGCAAAGAACAAGAAGAGGAACGUGAGGCCAUUCGACUCUCCUUAGAGCAGGCCCUGCCCCCAGAGCCAAAGGAAGAAAAUGCUGAACCUGUGAGCAAACUGCGGAUCCGGACCCCCAGUGGCGAGUUCCUUGAGCGGCGGUUCCUGGCCAGCAAUAAGCUCCAGAUUGUCUUUGAUUUUGUAGCUUCCAAAGGAUUUCCAUGGGGCGAGUUCAAGUUACUGAGUACCUUUCCAAGGAGAGACGUAACCCAGCUGGACCCAAAUAAAUCACUAUUGGAGGUAAAGUUGUUCCCUCAAGAAACCCUUUUCCUUGAAGCAAAAGAGUAAACACAGCCCAGCAGUGGAACCAGCCAUUCCUUGACAAGCCA